AAAAAGGACUCUGUUUUUGUGUGGAGAGGAGAGCAACUCUCCUUUCCCUUUGUUUGUAUCUCACUUUUUGUUUUCCUCUGAAUUUUCCUUUUCCCUCUCUCUCUCUCUCUCUCUCUCUCUCUCUCUCUCUCUCUCUCUUUUUGUUGCCUGUUUGGUUUGCUUCAUUUGAUCAAGGGAGAGUGGUGGGAGCUCGGAAUCAAUGGAAAUUCCGGCGAAAUUCGUUAGCUUCACGCGCUGCUAAUGGAUGAAUCGUCGUCGCCAUGGAUAUUUCUGUGUCCGAAGGACCUCCCUCUUUGUCACCGUCUCUCCACCAAGACUCUUUAUGGCAAAUGAAUUUGAGAUCAAUGGAAUCAAUGGAGUCUGGACCUUAUCCUGUUCGUGAAGGUGAACCAGAUUGUUCUUAUUACAUCAGAACCAGUCUCUGCAGAUUUGGAUCAACUUGCCGAUUCAACCAUCCACCUAAUAGGAAACUGGCCCUUGCUGCAGCAAGUAUCAACGGAGAGUAUCCAGAAAGAAUAGGACAACUAGAAUGCCAGUACUACUUGAAGACUGGAACUUGCAAGUUUGGAGCCACAUGCAAGUUUCACCAUCCUAGAAACAAGGCUGGAAUUGCUGGAAGAGUUACCCUAAAUGUCUUGGGCUAUCCACUUCGCCCGAAUGAGAAUGAAUGUACAUAUUACAUGAGAACUGCACAAUGCAAGUUUGGAAGUACUUGUAAAUUUCAUCAUCCCGAACCUUCUAACAUGAUGGUCUCUUCACGUGGUUCUACUGUUUAUCCUCCCGGCCCUUCUCCUACAACUCCUGGUCAGAUGCCCUAUCCCUUGUCCAGAGCUUCUUUUAUUUCUGGUGCACGCUGGCAAGGUUCUUCAAGUUAUGCACCACUGCCAAUGCUUCAGGGAGUGGUAUCUUUUCCAGGAUUUACAUACAAUGGUCAGCUUGGCUCAGUUUCAUCCGCUGAGGGCCAACAACAGACAGCAGGAAACAACCAGGUUUAUGGGAGUUCACGUUCAAGUGAUAAACCAACCAUGGGAUCAGAAGGAAUGAAUUCCUCAUAUCGUGCCAGUUCUUUACCUGUGGGGUAUUAUGCAUUACAGGGAGAAAAUGUUUUCCCUGAACGAGUGGGCCAGCCUGACUGCCAGUUUUACAUGAAGACCGGAGACUGUAAGUUUGGUGCUGUUUGUAGAUUCCAUCAUCCAAGGGAAAGGCUCCUUCCUCCUCCUGAUUGUCUGUUGAGUCCUAUUGGUCUCCCUCUGCGCCCUGGAGAACCAAUGUGUAUUUUCUAUUCCCGAUAUGGGAUCUGCAAAUUUGGACCGAGUUGCAAGUUUGACCACCCAAUGCGGGUUUUCACUUAUAAUAUAUCAGCUUCAUCUUCUACUGAUGAUCCUUCCGUUCGGCGUCUGUUGGGUUCAUCAUCAGGAACUGGUGCGUUGACUUUGACUUCAGAAGGGAUUGUUGAAGCAACCUCCACAACACCCAGGCGAUUAUCAUUAUCAGAAACAAGAAAGAUGCCACCUGGUGAUAACAACUUUGAGAGAGAGGGAUGAUUUUAUUCUGAACUACCAGCCAGCAUCUUCAUUUCUAUAAUUACAAGAAUCAUCAGUUUGUACCUUUCUGAAAAUCAAUAACAGUUGCCUGUAAAUUUAUUUCCAUUGCUGGAGAUGUACAAAAUCCUUUUAAGUCAUUAUGUUCUUCUGAAAAUGCAUUUCAGUUGACAAGGUUGACUUGUCACUUUGUAAUAUGUUAAGUCUGAAAACAAUUGGUGAAUUAACUGUUUAUUUAUCA